AGACGGGCGCGGCGCGUGGAGCGCGUGGAGAUCAUCCAUGCAUACGUGUUGUUCCAAAUAAAUUCCGGCCGCCUACCCAUGCAGCUGAAGACCUUUAAAAACGCAGCAGCACCGCAGCACAGAUCAAGCAACAAAGCAAGAAAUGGAGGUAGCUAGCCCACUACUCCCGGUCCAAUCCAAGCCGGAUAGGUCGGCAACGGCAAUGGAGGUAGCUAGGUCACUGCCCCCGAUCCAAUCCAAGCCGGACAGGUCGCCACCGGCAAUGGAGGUAGCUAGCUCACCGUCACCGCUGCCGCUCCCAUCCAAGCCGGACAGGUCGGCACCGGCAAUGAAGGUAGCUAGCUCACCGCUCCGUGUCCCGUCCAAGCCGCAAAGGUCGGCGCCGGGAAUGGAGGUCGCUAGCUCACCGUCACCGGUCCCGGUCCCAUCCAAACCGGACAGACCGGCACCGGCAAUUGAGGUUCAGGUCCUAAGCUCGAAGCUCGUCCGGCCGGCUGCGUCGACCGAUGCCGCCGUCGACGCUGGACUCGAGUAUGUCCCUCUCUCCGUCUUCGACAGGGUGACGUACCAGAUCCAAAUGGCCAUUAUCUACGUCUUUGCGCCGCCGUCCCCCUCCACGGCCGCCCUCGAGAAGGGCCUGGCCGCGGCGCUGGCCAGGUACCGCGGCUUCGCGGGGCAGCUAGGGGAGGCGCCCGGCGGAGGUCCGGCCGUGCUGCUCAAUGACCACGGCGCGCGCGUCGUUGAGGCGUGUGUGGACGCCGACCUCGUCGACGUGGCACCGCCCAUGCCCAAGCCGGAGCUGCUGCUGCUGCACCCGAACCUGGAGGAAGGGAUGGACGAGGUGGUGGUGCUGCAGCUCACACGGUUCCGCUGCGGCUCCCUGGCCGUGGGGUUCACGUCCAACCACGCCGUCACCGACGGCCGUGGCACCAGCAACUUCCUCGUCGCUUGGGGGCGUGCCACCAGGGGAGUUGACAUGGGCCUUCCCCCCGUGUACAACCACGACGAGCUCUUCAAGUCACGUUCCGUGCCCCGCGUCGAGUUCGACCACCGCAAUCGGGAGUAUUACAUGCCAGUGCCACCGUUGCCCACCAAGGUCGGCAGCGACGCCGACGGCAAGAUCAAGAAGAACAUCGUCAUCCACAAGGCGCAUUUCACCAAGGACUGGAUAGCCCGUCUCCGUGCCAGCGCGUCGGAAGGCCGCGGCCGCCCCUUCAGCCGGUUCCAGAGCAUCCUCGCCCACCUGUGGCGCGCCACCACGCGCGCAAGGGGACUUCGCCACAACGAGACCUCCAAGAUCCGUCUGUCGGUGGACGGACGAGACCGCCUCGGCGUGCCGGCCGAGUACGCCGGUAACCUCGUCCUGUGGGCGUUCCCGCAGGCCACGGCCGGCGACCUGCUGAACCGGCCGCUGAAGUAUGCCGCGCAGACCAUUCACGACGAGGUGGCCAGGGUGGCCGACGCCGAGUACUUCCGGUCGUUCGUCGACUUCACGAGCUCCGGCGUCAUCGAGGAGGAAGGGCUGGCACCAAGCGCCGCGUUGAACCUGAGGGAAGUGCUGUGCCCGGACCUGGAGGUGCAUAGCUGGCUCACCUUCCCGUUCUACGACCUCGACUUCGGCACGGGGACGCCAUCGUACAUCAUGCCCUCUUACUUCCCGUUCGAGGGGCUCAUCUUCCUCAUGCCAUCCUACAUCGGAGACGGUAGCGUCGAUGCCUUCGUACCCGUCUUUCAGCAUAACCUCGAGGCUUUCAAGCAAUGCGUCUACUCCAUCGAUGAUCUCCAUGCAUGAACCGUGAGAUGCAUCGAGUAGCAGCCAAUCCAUCACAAGAAUAUGCAGCACAACACGUACGAUUCAAGUUAAAUUACUUUCGUGCCAAAAUAAGUCUCCAUGCCAUGCAUCAAUGCAUGCGAUGAAGCUCCAAAAAUAAAACUGCAUAUAUAUGCAUGCAUGUGAUCGCUAUAUGCGGUGCAAUAGCUUGCGUCCAUUCCUUGUUAUAUAUAUGCAAUAGUUCCGCGCCAUAUAUUUUUGUUUCUUUGUUUGUUGUGGAAUAUUUUCUUCAACCCGUGAAAGUUUAUUUUAAGAACAACCUGUUAAAGUAUUUGUGCCAUGCUACAAAGACUCUCAAGGAGAAUCUUAUAGGGACUUAUAGUUCUAAUAUCGUAUUUUAUUUCAUGUUAAGUUCUAGAAACCAAACACGUAGGAACUUUUUAGGGACUUAGGACUUAUAAGUUGGGACUAAAAAAGUACUAAGACUUAUGAACCAAA